AUCAGAAGAAAUGGACAGUUAUACUUUUUGGUGGGAUGCUAUUAGCAACCAAAUUUACAUUUGGAGCAAUGGAAAAGACCUGCAACUGCAGCACAGAUAUCAGUUUCCAGAAAUUUAGGACUAAAUCAGUUCCUGAGAUAUGUUGUUUGAAUUUCACAAGGACUAAAAUCGAUACUUUGGACUGGAGCAUCUUUGCUGAAACCAUAGGGUUGAAAGAGCUGCAUCUAUCAAACUGUGAUAUAUCACAUAUUAAGAAUGUAAGUGUUGAUUCUUUUAGCCUGGAAAUUCUGUACUUGGACCAUAAUAAAUUAAAUUAUCUUCCAGAUAAUUUCCUGAGACAUGCACCCAGCCUGCGUGUUAUUCACUUGGAGAACAAUCAACUCCAGAAUUUAUCUGAGUCAUUUCUGGAAGCAUCUAACCACAUUCAGGAGAUCUACCUUGAUUUCAAUAACUUAUCUUCCCUUCCUUCUGGGAUUUUCAAACCUUCCCUCCUCAAACUUGGUCUCUCUCACAACAGUUGGGAUUGCACUUGCAACUUUCUUGAACAUCUAGGAAAAUAUAUCCUGAAUUCAUUUGACAUUGUUUGUCAAACCCCUGAACCCUACCAUGGCAUAAAUAUCAAAAACAUUUCUAAGGCAGAAUUGUGCCAGACUCAUAGGCUCACAGCUCUGUUUAUUUGCUUACCUCUGGUUGCUGUUCUUGUCUUGGUCACCUGCUACUUUUGCAAGCACAAAAAGAAGACAAAGAGAAAGACAGGCUAUGCUCUUCAUGAUAGAAAGGAAUGCCAGUUGGCUACAGUGGAGAAGAAUGGAACCCAUAGAUCUGAUGAUCUUCAGUGCUCUCUUCCACCUGUUCUGGCUGUUCAUGGUGCUGCAGGGAGUGAAAACAACUUGUUGAGAAACCAAAUUUUGCUUAAACCUUCAACUGCACUAUUGGAGAGCAGCAGAGACCUUUAUGAGGAGGUGGAGAUUAAACCGGGAGCUUCUGAUGAUUCCUUAACAUUUAGAAAUCUUGACCAAGAAAAGUUGGGAACAACAAAGCCGGCCACUGAAGAGGAAGAGGCAAUCAAUGGAGAACUUGAAGCAGAGACAUUGAGUGUAACAGAUGUUCUGAGAGAUUCAGCAGACCGUGAGAGGCUCUACAUGAACAAAUCAGUAGAUUAUUACAACCUUGUUCCCGGGAUUGAGUUGGAAGACUCAGACCACAUGGAGAAUGAGAAUGUUAAUCUUUGCUGAGGCUGCUUGUUGGAAGAAUAGGAUUUUAUUGUACAUUAAAAUGCACUAUUGAUGUGGAGGAUCAACUUAUAUAUAAAAAUGAGACCAUAUCAUAGCCUUUUCUAUUCUGCAGUACUAGACAGCUUUGAAAGGGAGCAUCCACUGUAAUUAAGCAUAGAAAAAAAAACAAUCUUGGAGCUGCUUGAACAGUGGGACUAAGUGGGCUAUCUAACUGAAGUUCCUUCCCGUCCCAGUUAUACUAUGCCUUUUAACUACGUACUCCAUGGUUUUCAAAGUUAAUACUUCUCAUAAUUAAACAUUUCUUGAGAGGAAAGGCUUAAAAUAAAAACUUUUUUCAAAACCUGAGGCUUGCCAACCCCAUAUGAAUAGGAGCCAUCUGGCACAAAAUAUUUUCACUCCCUUUUAAAAACAACUUCCCAUUUCUUAAUUCACAGCUAUCUCAUAUUUUUAUAUUGCUAUACUAAGAGCCAUGAUGGGGCAGUGGUUAGAGUGC